AUGGUGCACAACAGGGAGAUCAAGCAGUCAGAGAUGUCUGCUCCUGUGGCUUCGAGGUCUGCUCGGUUGUUUUACUACCUUCAACAGAGUUUGCAGAAGUUUGAGAGAGGCAUGGAGCUUGUGAGAAGCACGUCCAUGCGGCAAGCUCAAGCUGCUUGUGGGUACGAAGUCAUGCGGCAAAUGCAUGCGACUUUCAGCAUUGUCUCAAGAAUGGAGGCAAUUGCAGUGAGAGAUGAGGCCCUGAAGUUGCCUGCCAGAGCCCGAACCUACAAGAGGCCACUUGAUGUGGUCCGGUUCUUGGAGGAUGAGCUGGGCAAAGUGGAUCAGAAGCUCCAUCGUUUUCCGGAGCUGAAGCCCGGCGGCUCGGAUCGCCUAACCAUUUUGCUUCAAUCUGUCAACCCUGAGUGCCGGCAUUACGUUGUUUUGCACGGCAAGUCUGGAACUUUGGAAGAGCUUGUGACGAGCAUCCGGUUCUUUGAGGAACAGACCAGGCUUUGCGACGCUGGAGCCCUUCACGCUGUUGGUGACAAGGGUUUGUGUUGGAACUGCGGCAAGGCUGGGAAAGCAGUGAAGAAUGAGCCCAAUGAUGCUGAGCCCCCACGUCUCACCAUGACGGAUAAGGAAGUAGAGAAGCUGAACCAGUCCUCUUCGAGGAACAGUCACUUUGCGUGGCUUGUUGAUAGUGGAGCCACGUGCCACGUGUUGUCUGUUGCUUCUUUGUCGUUUUACGAAGUCGUGAAGGAGCAUUCGGGACCGCUGCCUGUCUUGAUGAGUGCUAGCGACACCGAGAUGGAAUGCCUCGGGUUGGUCGAUAUCCGUGUGAAGUUUGGGAGGCUAGGGCCUGUAGUGCUUCAGAAGGUCCUGGUUUGUCAGAUUGGUUUCAAUGUGAUCAGUUCUUGGCAGGAGAUCGGCCCCGCGAGAGCUAAGGCGAAAGCGAAGUCCAAAGCAGGAGUGCCCAAAGGUACCCCACCGAAGUUUGGGAAAGAAGACGACGACACGGGAGAUGCAAUGGAAGUGGACCGCGCCAAGGAGAAGGCGCAUCCGAACAAGCAUCCGCAGAGAGCUUUGGAAGUGACUCCUUUCAAGUUCUUGUUGCGAGCCUUUUGCAGUGAGUUUUCGUGCGAGUGUGUUUCUGCAGCAGAAGUAGCAGCUGAGACUGAGGUAGAGAAGGAGCCGGCCCAGAUGAUGGUUAUGUCCGAGAGAUGGCAAGAUCUCAGAGCGAUGCAGACAGCGGCAUCCAGCAGGCGACAGCAGUUGGUGCAGAAGCUGCAGCUGAGUCGCAGCGUGGAGCAGAGGCGAGAGGCCGAAGAACUAGUGGCAAUGAACAGAUGCGAUUCGAAGGAAUUGCUCCACCGGGGAUUUCACUCCCUAACUUCUCCGGCCUUGCCUUCUGGAGAACCUCCCGCUCCCACUCAGGAGGGCAACGAGGCCGACGAUUGGGGAAAAUGGAAGGCGGUGCCAGGCCCUCCUUCGAGCCCGCCUCCACCGGGGACGCCUGUGGUGCCGCCUGGACCCCCGGAUACGCCGCCCGAGACACCACCGGAGACUCCUCGGGAGAAGAAGAAGAAGGACAAGAAGAAGGAGAAGAAGAAAGGCUCCAAGGAGCGCCGUGCACGAGAAAAGGACCAGGUCGCCGAGGACAAGAAGGACCACAACGAGGGCGAGAGAGACAAGGCCGCCGAAGGAGUGGCUUUGCUGAGGGAGCAAGAGCUCAAGAUGGUUGCCGCCAGCAAGAACUUGGCGGAGAAGGAGCGAGCGUCGGCAGCGGCGAAGGCAGCCGCCAAUGUGGCUGUCGAGAAGUGGACGCCCCAACAGAGGGCACGCAAGGAGGCAGAGCUCCAAGCAGCCCUGCUUGCUCAGGAGCAAGCCGCUGCUACAGUUCGUUUGCUUACUUUGGAGUUACAACUUGGGGAUGCCCUUGGUGCCCCCGAGAGUUCAGCGGCCCCCGAGGGAGCCGUAGAGUCUGGGACUCCUCCGGAGUUACCAGCCAGCAGGCGGAUCAGCCUGUCGUCUUCGAGUGUGGAAGCUAUCACUCCUCCAGGAACGCCUCCGACAACGCCGGUGUCGCCCGGAUCUGCGGUUCCAAAGACACCCCAACGAUCACCUUUGGUGAAAGCGAUGCCCAAGGUUCCGGAGAGCCCUGCUUCUCAAGCUGCUGUGAGCCUUGUUGCUCCAGCUGCUGCGGGGCCUGUUGCUCAAGCUGCUGCGAGGCCUGCGGUUCGAGUUGCUUUGAGGCCGCCGGUCCGAGCUGUUCAAGUGAAGGCGAUGCCCAAGGUGGGGCAGGUGCCGGAUGUUGGGCACAUGGGACCUCCAGCGCCGCCGAUGGUUGGGCCCAUGGGCCCUGUACCACAAGCACCACAGGUUGUUGGGAAGAUGCACAUGUUCCCGCCGGCGCCGCCCUUCUUGGGGUACAUGGGACCAGUGCCUCCAGCACCACCGCCAGGAUACCGAGGCAUUUUCAAUCCGUGGUCCACCGGGCCGUUGCGCCAGGUGUUUGGAGCUGUGGGCCAGCAUGUGACGCCCAUCACUCCGAGUGCCGUCAAAAGCACCACGGCCAACAGCAAGGGCAACUCUAGCCCCUACGCCAAAGAAGAGAGAUCGAUCACCUUCGAUCUGUCGGAAUCCCCGUCGGUGUUUCCCCUGGAGAGUCCAACGGCCGAUGAUGAGAAGGUUGUUGUGCUUGGUUUGCCGGUUGAGAUCACUGUUGAGUCUGAAGAAGAGUUGUUGCCAGACCCCGAACCGAAGCCUCAACCUCCCGGCCCUCCUGACCCCGAACCUCGUCCCGAGCCGUCUGGUUCAGGUUUGUCUCCUCCUGAAGACCUUGAGGUUCCAGUAUACAUUACUUCAGAGCGUUUGCGAGCGCACCGGAACAAAGGGCAUCAGCCCUAUCUGAGUUUCUGUGAUGUGUGCCAGUCGGCACGUGGUCGUGUGCCAGCACGACGCAAGAACAUGAAGAGCCACUAUGCGCCGGGAGAGCUUCAAGUAGAUUUUGGCUUCUUCGGUCGAAAUGUUCGGUUUCUGUUGAUCGUUCACGUCCUGUCGGGAUACUUGAGUACUGUUGUUUUGGGUCCUGAGGACCCGGUGCCUGUACCAGCCGUUUGCAAGGCUCUUUCUGAGAUGGGCCUCAACGGGCUGGACAUUGUGGUCCACGGUGACCAAGAAAACCUCCUGGAGAGUGUGUUCCGGGAUUCUGCGAAGCAUAGGACGUUUGUAGGACGGUCCAUGCAUUGGGUUCCGUUUGCAGUGAACAGGCCCCAGGCAAAAGGCAUUGUUGAGCGUAACGUUUGCCUCGUGAAAGAAGCGUUUUGGUCUGUUUGGCUAGGACUGGAAGAGCGUGUAGGAGGGGGCUCUACAGUCCAAGCUGUGAAGAGUUGUGAGUUUGGGGUGGUAGGCUUUGGAAAGCCACAAAAGGACUAUCCGGAGCAUCGAGGAAAGCGCCUAGUGAGGGCGAUUUACGUUGGGCCCCAUGGCGCCAACGGCUCUGGGAUACGUGUCUUUGUUCCCUUAGGAGAUGGGAAGCCGCCUCGUCUGGAGAUUUUCAGCUCGUUUCGUGCCCGGGACCCGGUAGAGUUUGACAAAGCAGUGCUAGACCAACUGAAAGGAAACCGGGAGGACCCCGAGCGACCCAUCAAGUUUGAUGUGCCUCUGGAUGCACCUCAGCCUCCUCCUGACCCUCCGGCGUUGCCUGAUGGUAGUCUAGAGUUCCCUGUGGGACAAGCAGAAGAGCCUGGAGCUCCUGAUGCGAUGGAGGAUGAGGAUCUAGCAGAUUAUUCCCCCUCUCUUCCUGCUGAUGGUGAAGGGAUGGAUGUCGAACCUCCUCCUGGUGGUGUCCUUGAUGAGGAUGAUGUUGAGAUGGGUGAUGGUGAAGAUAAUAUCAUGGAUGAUGGCCUGACCUGGCUGUACGAGUAUGGUCUUCGCCAGCUCUAUGAAGGACCUGACCUUCGUGUGACGCAGAAGCUGAGAAGAGUUGUGCGUUGGGUGAUGGCGUUGCCUGAGUACCUUCAGCGCUUCUCUGCGUUUGGCUGGGUCGACCAGAGUUUUGAGUCGGAGACCUUGCUUUCGGGGUAUGUGGAUGCCUCGUGGAACGUGUGUUCAGUGUCUGGUGCCAUUGUCCUUUGGCAUGGCAUGAUGAUCAAGUGCUUCUCAAGGAAGCAGUCAGAAGCUGUGUACCUGUCCCUGCUGUUGGAAACGCUCCUUCAAGGCCUGCCUGCCGGUGACACGGGAUCGUAUCCCAUUUACCUGUCGUCUGACAGUGAAGCGGCAUUGUCUAUUUCGAAGAUGAAAGGCCUGCUGCGUCGAGUGCGGCAUUUGGAGCUGAGGCAUCGGUACUUGCAAGAGCUUGUUCAAAGUGAGAGACUGCGUCUCACAUUCAUCCAAGGAUGCCUGAAUCCGAGCGACGGACUCACAAAGAGUCCUGAAGAAGCUAUGCUCCAGCAUCUGCUGGAGGCGUGUGGACUUGAGCGGAUCUGUGAGGAAGACUUGCAGACACUGUGUGUACCUGAACAACUUCGAGAGAGAGUGGAGGAACUUGAGAACCUCAACGAGAAGCUUGAAGAGCUUCCGGAGAACUUACUGAAGUAUCGUCCGGUAGCCGUUGAUUUGGCUAUGGGGGUUGUUCCUUUGCUGGUGGUUGAGCUGUUCUGUGCCCGUGACAGUGCGUUGUGUGCAGCGUGCAAGCGUGAGAGCGUUGCUUACAUUGGCAUCACUCAGGAAGAAGACUUCUUGAGAAAGUUGUUGCAGAACCACUGCCAGGACGUCCUGCUGACUCAGGAGUGGCCAAAGACCUGUGGACUUUGGAAGGAAGAAACGUACCAAAGAGUGAAGAAGCAUUACAGUCCAAGCGGGGGUGUGAAAGUUCAUGUUUUCCAGGAGGAGGUGGGCCGAGGGCCACAGGGUCCUGGGGGACCGGAUGGGAGCGAUGCCACUGCAGGUCAUGGUUCGCUGCCAGAAGUGCGCCCUGUUGGCGGCACUCGGGGUGGCAAUCCAAACUCAACCGGACUCGAUGCUUUCCAACCUGUGUCAAACCGUGGCUCCGUUUUGGGAACGCUUUGCGUUCACACAGGAGAUCUAGACCCAGAGGCUUUAGCAGGGAUCGAGCUUUGGUCACAUGAGGGCAGUGCUGGGACAAAUCUGAGUGCCGUAAGCUCAGCGACCUUAAGCAGUGCACCAUCAGUUUUGGGCACUUGGCCCGAUGUGCGCCCUGUUGGCAGCACUCGGAAAGAGCCUGGUGAGUCAGGUCAACCUGUUGACUGGUGUCUUGCGUUGCAUCUCCUCGAGAAGGCCGAGACCCAAGGCUACAAGUGUGUUGAAAGUGAGAUUAUAAAACUUGCUGAAGACAUCCAAACCCACUUCAAAGAGCCCUCUUUGGAGUGGUGGGCAGGCUACGCCAUGAUGCAGUGUCUUGUUGAUGAGUCCAACCCAGCAUGGACCCAGGCAGCCAUCAAACAAUUGAUCCCUGCCAGGGCCGGUCCGCGACCUCAUCCGGAAACACAUCUUCGCAAAGAUGUGCCCGCUGCUGCGGCCUGGCUAAAUCCACGUGGCCUUGUUGGUCAUUUUGGGCCACAUGGGCUACUCAAGUUCACUUUGGAGGCCGACUGUUCCUUGAUUGUGCCGCAGCUCCCGAGCUAUCGACAAAUCACUUCAGCUGCUGCAGCUACCUGUGGAGUGACCCAGAAAGCGCCUGGCACAUACUUUGCAAUCAUCCACCAAGCAUUGAGCCCUCCCUCGCACCCGGAUCGGGUGUGGCAUGGGAAGUCAGCGUCCUUCUGGGAUAGAGUUGCAGUUUGGGCCAACAAAAAGCCGAGCUAUGCUUGUGGCAUUCCAGAGUCUGUUAUCAAUUUGUUGAACGAAUCUGAGGUUCACUGGGCCGUGCAGGCCCGAACAACUUGGGAGCAAUGGAAAGAUGAAACUUUGCAGAUUUUGAGUGGUGCUAUGCCAAGACUUGAGUUGAAGCCCUUCCUUAGGUUGGAUUUCUGGGUUGAACUUUGGAAAGCCCAGCCCACGCCCUUGCCUGACUUGUCGCCCGAGCUCCAUGAGCGUGCUCGGCAACAUGCCAAAUUCUUGCAGCCCGCCACCCUUGACUUAAUACGUUCCCAGCUGCGCAAAUUGGCAAACAAAGCGGGUGGUGCUGAUGGUUGGAGCUAUGCACAGCUCAAGCUGCUUCCUGAUGAAGCGUUGGCGGCCCUGCUCUCCAUCUUUCGCAGAGUUGAGUGCGAAGGAGUGUUGCCAGAGCACUGGCUCACGACCUUAAUCACCAUGUUGCCAAAAAAUUCCCGGGUUGAACGACCUAUAGCACUGUGCAAUGCGACAUACCGCCUCUGGGCCAAGUUGCGCUAUCCUGAAGUUGAGUCCUGGGUGCUGUCGUUUCAGCAACAGGCCCCAUGGGAACAAGCGGUUCCAGGCCAGUCAACGCUUGAUGUGAGCAUCACUCGUCUCCUUCAGGCUGAAAUCUCGCGUGUCCGCAAGCGUUGUCGCAUAGUGCUGUUUGUUGACUUGCAGACUUUUUACGAAUCGGUGUCACAUGAAGGAGUUGCACACCAAGCCAUUUUACACAACUUUCCGGCGGUCUGCGUUGACACCGCCUUAAAAGUUUAUAGGGGCGCUAGAUACAUUGUUUCUGAAUCAGCUGUAUCACCAGUGUGCUAUGGUGCCUCUGGCUUGAUGGCCGGGUGCCCUUUCGCUCCGGCACUAGCCAAGCUGGCCCUUUUCCCGAGUCUUUCGACCCUUCACGCUUCCAAGCUCAACGACAACAUCACAGCAUGGCUAGACGACAUCAGUGUCGACACCGAAGGUGCCAAUGCAGAGCAAACGGCGGUCAGGGCCCAGAAAUCUUUUCAGCUUUUGAAAACCUCCUUGGAGCGGGAUGGGUUAAAAAUGAUCACCAUUGCCAAGCAAAGGGAGGCCAAAGGCAAGACCAGGUUCCUUCCCUUCGCAUAA